AUGGAAGAUGCCCCGUGGCAUUGCAUGCACCGGCCGUUAUCGUUCAUGGACGACAUGAGCAAUGCAGCGGCAUGUUCGGGACAGUGCGGCAACGCCAUGCGGGAGAGCUCUGAAGGUUGCGACGACGGGAAUGAUCUCGACGGCGAUGGCUGCUCUCAUGCAUGCGUGGUGGAAGCUGGCUACUUUUGCAGCGGUGGCAGUCAGGCAGCACAGGACGUUUGUGCGCUGACAGUGUGCGGGGAUGGUCUGCGCUCUGGGGCGGAGGAGUGCGACGACGGCAACCUGGACUCCAGUGACGGGUGCUCGCCUACUUGCCUUGCAGAGCCAGGGUACGUCUGCACAGGCAACACGUCCUGUGCCCCCGUCUGCGGCGACGGGCGGCGCACGUGGUCCGAAGGCUGCGACGACGGCAACGUCGCGGACGGGGACGGCUGCUCGCACGCCUGUGCGAUUGAGGCAGGCUUCACCUGUGAGGGUGGGACCCCAUACGUCUCGGACGCCUGCAGCCCCAUCUGCGGCAACGGGCAGCGCGUCGGCGCGGAGGAGUGCGACGACGGGAACACGGCAGACGGUGACGGGUGCUCCUCGGCGUGCGCAGUGGAGUCUGGCUUCUCGUGCUACGGCGGGAGCCAGAGCGCUCGAGACGAGUGCGUCAGGGCGGCCUGCGGCGAUGGCGUUGUGGAGGGCACGGAGGAGUGCGAUGACUUCAACACGCUUGGAGGGGACGGCUGCUCUGCAACCUGCUCGGCCGAGCCGCGGGUGCCCUCGUCGACGGUGGAUUUCAGCGUCUCCGUUGAGGUGUUUCCGCUGCCACAGGCCUGCCGGAUACACAACGGGGCCUCCCACCAAACAGAGGAGGACACGGCUGGCGGAUACAAUCUGCAACACACGACCCUCACUGGCGACGUGUACAACACAACGAAUGUUAGCAUCAGUAUUCGUGUUCAUCACGGCUUUUUGACGGUGGAGCCCUUGAUCGAAGCGUGGGGGUAUAUCGGCAAAGCAGAUGCAGUGCCUGAUGCUUUGAUCUACCAGGAGGCAGGGGUCGUCUUCUCGCCUUUCGCCCUAGAGCUUUCAGAGACCGUGAUGUCUGGCACUGCAAUCUCCGUCGACGACUUCCUCCGGCGCUCCCUGUACGUCAGGCCACAGGCGAACUUUGCUGGGUACGCGCGUGUUGACGUCGAAAUGUUGUCCGGGGUGCGCUUGAACUAUGGCGCCGAUGCCUGCAAGGUGACCCUGCCGGUCCUCGUCACCGACGUCUUCGACGACGCGCCCGCCUUCACGGGCAGCCUCGGCGAGGCCGGCCUGGCCUGCACGGCGGGCUCGGAGGGGUGCGCGCUGGAGGGCCUGGGCGUCUCGGACCCGGAUUGCCCCCGCGCGGUGGACGGCUCCUGCUACCUGCGACUCUCCCUCAACGCGUCCGCCGGCGGCAUGCUCCUCCUGGGCCGCUCCAUGGUGCCCGCCAGCAACCUGUCGGACCUCAAGGGCCACGGCCCGGGCCUGAACGCGGCGCUGCAGAGGGUCCGGUACGUGCCGCCAGCGGUGCAACCGAGCGGCGGGGUCGUGGAGAUUUUUGCGCUCCUCGAGCGCGUGGUGCUGCGGACGAACGCGACCCCCGCAGCGCUCCAGAGUGCCUCGGCCGUGCUUGCCAUCCAGGUCUCCGUCCCGAUGGCCGACAUGGCGCCUACUCUGCGGCGUGGCACGGGGGAGUCCUUCCACGGCUCCGUUUUCGUCGCCCACGGGCCUCAGCCUUUCGUCAUCGACGACAUCGUGUUCGAGCACUACGGCACUGGUGGCGCAGCUGACAAGGUUUUGAUAACCCUCGAAGUCUCACGAGGGUACCUGUUCCUCGGGACGACCGACGGCACCUGGCUGGAGGACGGGUCGGCUGAGGGCACCUCGAGGCUAAAAUUCCGUGCUAAUUCAAUCGAUUUGGCUUCUCUCUAUCCAAGACCGACGUCCGGUACAGCUGGGACGAGAGCCAGUGCGCCAGCCUCGUCCAGUUCAACGCAACGGUCGACGACGGACUGCACGAACCGUGGCCCCUGCGAGCGCUUAUACAGCUGGAAGGGUGCAGGGGCUACAAUCUGA